AUGACAAGGGAAACACCUCUUACUUCUGAAGUUCAUUCGCCUUCCUCACCAAUUGUUAUUCCUGCACGAAGGACUUCGUCUAACAUUUCCACACCGUUGACUCCACCAAAAAUGUCUCCGAUAACUGAAAGUCCUGUGUUGGGGGGUAAACUAGUGACUCUAACUUCCCAACCUUCGUCCAAAAGUAGCGGUGUUGAUUUACAAUAUAUGUCUUCGUCACUAGUAAAUUCAACGACUAAAGAUUUAUUUGCUUCACCACGUUAUUCUUCUUAUUCUCCUUCUUAUACUUCACCUUCUCCAAAUCAUAUGUUGAGUAACGGUUUUCGGUCUACUUCAAUGCUUCCAAAUACUACUGGCCACAAAUCAGAGGUCUCAAAAACAGGAGAAUUUUUUAAAAAAAAUAGAUCAUAUUCACAUGCAAAGAGUACUUCUGACAUUUUAGGUGUUAACAACCAAAUUUCAAGUCUUGUUAGAAACCCUUUCAGUGAAUGUGAAAUUUUUACCACUGAAGUAUCAAAACCUUCACCCGAAUCUAAGGCAAAAAAAUUAAAUGGUGCAAAUACGCCCCUAUCUGAAGUACGUAAUAAACCUAAUGUGAUACAGGAUAACAAUAAUGAAAAUCAAAAUAAUAGGAGGGAUAAAAAACUUCGUCGACGCAGUAGCUGGGAUAUCGUUGAAUUGCUAGCUUUGGACAAUUUUAGAAAUUGGAUGGUGUGCUUUUGUGUAGUCAAUUUUGACCUAGAGUUAGGCCAGGCAAUGGAUUCUAUGUAUCCUCCUUCAGAAUUAGGUGAAGAAGAAAAGAAAAGUGUUUGCUUUUCUGCUUUUCCUGAUUCAAAUUCAUUUGAUGUUGGAGAAACUGUAUUCAAUUUUCGUAUAAGAUGUUCUAAAUCAGGGUUGGCUGCUUCAGGUCCAACAGCCGAUGCUGGGUUCUUGUAUGGUUAUGUGUUCUUCCGACAGAAAAAAGAUCCGCGAAUAAAACGUGGAUAUUUUCAG